ACUCUUGUAGAUGCCUUUUUGUUUCUUUAUGACUGUGGGGGUGGGGGGUUGGUUGAAUACAGGGUAAUUGCGCCAAAUGUAUCUGCCACUGCUUUCAUAUUUGAAGACCAAAGACAGGCUGUGCUAAGACAUUGAGACCCUAGACUGUGAAUGGAUUUUGAUUGGACACAAUCAGGUGAAGGUGCUGACAUGCGCUGAGGAUGAGUGAAGUGGCAGACAACUCGCUGGAGCCCAUGUGCUCCGAACGGAAACGCAAGAUCUCCACCUGCGAUACACCAGGCAUGGGAUGUGACAAGCGCAGGAAGGAGCAGGAGAGUAACUACAUGGAGGAGCUGGCCGAGCUGAUCUCUGCCAACUUCGGCAACAUGGACAGCUUCAACGUGAAGCCAGAUAAAUGUGCCAUCCUCAAGGAGACCGUUCGGCAGAUCAGGCAAAUCAAAGGGCAAGGGAAGAGCUCGUGCAGCGAUGACGAUGUCCAGAAGGCAGAUGUGUCAUCCACCGGUCAAGGGGUCAUUGACAAGGACCAUCUGGGACCGCUGCUGCUACAGGCCCUGGAUGGCUUCCUGUUUGUGGUGAACCGGGAGGGCAGCAUCGUAUUUGUGUCUGACAAUGUGACCCAGUACCUGCAGUACAAACAGGAGGAGCUCAUCAACACCUCCGUCUACAACAUCCUCCAUGAGGACGACAGGGAGGAGCUGCACAAGAACCUGCCCAAGACCAAGGCACCCAACGGUGGGUCAUGGGGAGGAGAGGCACCGCGGCAGAAGAGCCACACCUUUAAUUGUCGUAUGCUGGUGAAGUACGGUCACGGGCAGAGCCAUCAGAACCAUGGUCCGUCUGAGGGGCCCAACAGGCAGCGCUACGAGACCAUGCAGUGCUUCGCCCUGACUCAACCCCGUACCAUAAUGGAGGAGGGAGAAGACCUGCAGUCGUGUAUGAUCUGUGUGGCCCGGCGCGUCACUGCAGUGGAGAGGACCGAGAGGUUCAGCACCCGCCAUGAGCUCUCAGGUAAACUGAUAGAGAUCGAACAGCAGAGUUCUCUCCACACCACCAUGCGGCCAGGAUGGGAGGACCUGGUGAGGCGCUGCAUGCAGAUGUUCCUCCAUCGCAGUGAGGGCCAUCCCUGGUCCUACAAACACCACUACCAUGAGGCCUUCCUGCAUGGCCGUGCCGAGACGCCGUCUUACCGGUUCUCUCUCUCCGACGGCACCCCGGUCACUGCGCAGACCAGGAGCGAGCUCUGUCGUAGCCGCGCCGCCAAUGAGCCACCCACCUUCCUCUCUACCCAUCUGCUACAGAGGGAGCAGAAUGGUUACCAAACCAACCAGGGGGGAGUGAUGAGGCCCCAGGGCAUGGGCGUCACCAACCCCAACACUCAGAUGAACAUGGCCCCUGGAGGGGGCAGUGGUGGCAUGAACAGGGGCUACGGUAUGGGGGCAGAGCAGGGGCACAUGGGACAGAGAGGCAGCCCCUCGUACACAGGGGGAAAUGGGAUGAACUCCAUGAAUCCGAUGAAUCAAAUGAACCGCUCGUUGCAUCAAAUGAACUCACAGACGAAUUCAAUGGGUCAACCGAUGAACAACAUGAGUCAGAUGAAUUCCAUGAAUCAAAUGAACUCCAUGCGUCCAAUGAACUCUCGGAUGAAUUCCUUGAACCAGAUGAAUUCUAUGAGUCGGAUUAACCAGAUGAAUCAAAUGAACCAGAGGAAUCAGAUGAACCACCCUGGAACGCAGCAGCAGUAUCCACAGCAGCAGCAGGCCCCAUUCCAUGGAGUGGGAUACAGCAUGGGGGGCAUGACCAGCCCCCCACAGAGCAGUCCAGGGAUGAACGCCCCCCAGCAGAACAUUGGCUCCCCUAGAGUAAGGAGGAGCCCAAAAAUAGGUGCUAGCCCCUUCUCCCCAGGAGGUAUGCAUUCUUCCAUGAGCUUGGGUCACCCAGGUGGUCCUGGAGGCACAGGUGGUAGCACCAGUUUCUCCAGCAGCUCCCUGAGUGCCCUCCAGGCCAUCAGUGAGGGGGUGGGCACCUCUCUACCCUCGGCCCUCCCCACGCCCCUGAACUCUCCCCCCACACACAAGCCUGACAGCUGCCUCGGCGCCAACUCCACCCAGCAGGGGCAGUGCCACGGUGGAACCUGUAAACAAGGCAGUUCAGACUCCAAGAGCCCGGGCAACACACUGGCCAGUGGAGGAGAGCAGCAGCACACCCCCACCACAGAGGUGACCCCAGACAGCCAGGCCAACAGUGAGGGCCCAGCCGGGGGAGAAGCCAACCGACCGAGCCAUGACAACAACGGGGGCCACAAAAAGCUCCUGCAGCUCCUCACCUCCCCUACGGAGGAGCUAGUGCCCCCUAACCACCAGGCCGGCCCUGGCAACACUCCCAUGGGCUUUGAGUCCAAGGAGGGAUUGGGGGGUUUGACCAGCCCCUCCACAGGCGUAUCCUCUUCCACGGCUGCAGUAGGACAGCAGGGCCUAGGAGCAGCUGCUGCAGCAGCACACUUUGCCAACCAGUCCCUGCAGGAGAAGCACAAGAUUCUCCACAAGCUGCUGCAGAAUGGCAACACCCCAGACGAGGUGGCCCGCAUCACAGCCGAGGCCACUGGGAAGGUCACAGAUGGUGGGGGUCCAGAGGCUGGGCCAGGAGAUCCAGAAGAGGGACCAGGGGCGAGGGGGGCUGAGGUGAAACAAGAACUUCACAGCCCCAAGAAGGAGAAGACCCACGCCCUCCUCCACUAUCUUCUCAAAAAAGAUGACUCCAAAGGAGCAAGGGGUGAUGUCCAACCAAAGGGCAGAGGAGCCCAGGGAGCAUCCUCAGUGGUCACGACGUCUGAACCCAACCCCAUUGUGGAGCAGGUCAAGACUGAACCACCUGAUGAGUUGGAAACUCUGGAGACAAUUCUCGGAGGCCGCAGGAACUCUAGCUCCGGGUUUAAUCCCGAACCGGACUCCAGAGCAGGAAAAGAAGGGGGAAACCAGCAGGGAAAUGGCCCAGGCAGUUUCCAUGAUGUGGAGAGAGGAGCCAUGCUGCCUGCCCGGCGUGGGCCCCUCCAGAGGGCUCUGUCAGUGGACGCUAAACCCCUGGUUGGUGGUGGAUGCCUGGCGGGGCGGAGGAACGUUCCCUGCCCCAUGCUCAUCAAACAGGAGAACGUGGAGGCCCACAUCCGGCCAGGCAUGACCAACGGCUUCCCUGGACCAGGAGGCAUGGGUGUGUGUCCACUACGGGGCGGUGCCGGCACAAGUAUGAACAGGGGUAUGGGGAUGCCACAGGGGCCUCCCAUGGCAGGGCAAGGUGACUGGGGGAUGCCCAGGUCCAGUGGAAGUCCUGUGGGGGUGCCAGGUCACCCCUCAAUGGGCCGGCCAGGGAUGGACUUCAACUCCAAGGGCAUGAUGAGAGGCCCCAUGGUCAUCAGGUCCAACAGUUUACCUGGCAACACCAGGUCUAUGCUGCAGCAGCAACUCGUAGAAAUGGGUUCCAGUGAGGUGAAUAUGGGGAUGAGUCCCUUCAGUGGGCAGGGUCCUCCACCUCUGUCCCCCUCCUGGCCUGACAGUGCAAUGGGAAUAGACGGACCACCAGCUACCACAAAUAGGCGUCAGUUUGGGAACCCCCUGGAUGAGCUCCUGGUGCCGCCCUCCACCAGCCAGGGGCAGAGUGAUGAGCUGGCGCUGCUGGACCAGCUGGACUCUCUGCUCAACAACACUGAUGUUAUUGCCCUUGAGGAGAUCGACCGGGCCCUGGGCAUCCCCGACCUCGUAGGACAGAGUCCUGGUCCAGAGCAGCAGCCAGGUCCUGUCCCAGGACCAGACACCUCCAUGGGGAUGGAGCAGAAACCCAUGUAUGGCCAGGGGUACCCAGGACCCCCCUCCAUGGGCAUGCAGUCAGCCUAUGUGGCCAACCCCAUGCAGGGCCAGUCCCCUUCUGUCUUCAACCCCAUGAACCAGAUGGGGGCUCAGGCAGGCCCAGGGGGCUUCCCUGGCAUGGGGGGCAUGAGUCACCCCCGCGCCAACAUGAGACCCCGCAUGAUGAGUGCCACCAAGCCCCUCCGACUGCAGCUGCAGCAGAGACUACAGGGCCAGCAGUUCAUGAACCAGACCCGUCAGGCCAUGGGCAUCAAGAUGGAGAAUACCCCUACAGGAAACCCUGCGACACGGCCUGGGAUGGAGCCCAGCAUGAGCGGUCAGCCUGGCUUCUUGAAUGCUCAGAUGAUGGCUCAGCGCAGCAGAGAGAUAAUGACUAUACAGAUGAGGAGACAGCGGAUGAUGAUGCUAAUGCAGCAACAGCAGCAGCAGCAACAGGCUGCAGCAGGAGGCUUCAGCCCCCCUCCUAACGUAACGGCCCCUGCAGGCAUGGACAACCCCAUGGCAGGCCCACCCAUGAACCAGCCAGGACAGCAGCAGUUCACCUACGGUGGAAACUAUGGAAUGAACCAGCAGGGAGACCCCUCAUUUGUAGGCGCAGGCAGCAACAUGAUGCCAGGUCGCAUGGGAGGGCCUCAGAAUCCCGUGAUGCAACAACACCCCCAAGGCAGCCCUAUGUACCAGUCAGCAGACAUGAAAGGCUGGCCACAGGUUGGCAUGGCACGGAACAACUCAUACCCCCAGCAGCAGUUCACCCAGCAGGGGAACCCAGGCCAGUUUGGGGGGCCCAUGAUGAUGAAUGGCUCCAUGGGCGGGCCAGGUCCGGUCAGUGGUGCUGGUAGAGCACAGAUGGUCCAGAUGCAGGGCCAAAUGUCUGGGCAAAUGCAGGGGCAAAUGCAGAUGGGCACGAACUCCAUGGGAAUGGGCAGAAUGCCAAUGGGACCUGAACAGAAAUAUUGCUGAAAACGUAUGUAAUCAAUAAGAGCCUUCACCAGGAAGGCAGCAGAGACUACAGUGCACCACCUGGGUGGGUGGGAGAUGGCCUGGCCAGGGGCCACCAGACACAGCGCCAAGAUCUGCUCCCGCCACUGUUCUCAGACCUGUGUGUAGAGAGACUCGAAAGAAGCCUCAGUGAGAAUGAGAGACUGAAAUAAAGACACCUCAUACCUAAUGCAGCCCCUCAAUGUAGGUUUCUUCUCUCUGGAGGAGUAUAUGAGUGGCUUAGUUCAAGAAGACGCCAUGCUUUCUCUUCCUCUAACCUGUGGGAGUGUGAUCGGCGUCCUGCCUUCUACACCAGAGGAGGCCUCAUCGUGUGUGUUAGUCGGGUUCCGUUGCAAAACAUUUUGCAACAGAUACCGUUUACUCUUGGAAGCAAAUGGAACAGAACUGAGGUACCUACCUGAAUUUGUCCAAUAGAAACCUGUUUUUGUUGCAAAAAAAUUAUCCAUUUGGAGUAAACUGUUUCCGUUGCGAAAUGUUUUGCAACGGAAUCCGACUAACACCUCUUGACCCCUGGAGCUAGCUGUCAUGCAGUAUUCAGCAUCAACACUGGGAAACAGAAUCUAUUUGGGAACAGGAUGGGAUACGGUACAACUAGCUAUGGCUGCACUUUACCAGAACGCUUCUAUGUAAAAGGAUUGUUGCAAUAUUUCUUAGUCAUUACAGCCUUACCAGCGAUUCAAUGCAUUCACAGCAUUGGGUUUCUUUUCCUUUUAUCCUUUGGAUGCACCUCGUUUUAUUUUUAAAUCAUCAGGAGCUAUAAGCACAGGUUAUUUCUAUAUAUUAUGCAGAUUCAAGCAAUAAAAACUCUGCUUUAAACGUGAACUGAGCGUCAUGAACUCCUAAGCAAACGGUACUCCAGUAUUAGAUCAAAUUAGUCACGAAUGUAUUCUAUGUGAAUACAAAUUGUAAAUAUGCUAUAAAUGUAUCAUACAUGCUUUUUAUAGAUCACUUUUUUUUGCACAGUGUAAGACUUGGUCAAAUUCUAACUCAUCUUUGUCUAGAAGGUCAAUACACUUUUAGUUUGCAGUUAAUUUGAACCUUUUGGAACAUCAGUGAGGGUGUGUGUUUCCCAUUUUCCACUUGAUCCUUGUCUUCUGAACAUUUUUUUUUUUUACGUGAUAAAAGCCAUCUUUCUUUUUAGAAGCACUUUUACUUCUGAUUUGGUGUGUUGACUGUUUGGAACUUCUGAAAUAAUCAAAAGGUUUGAUGGUGAAUGAAGAAAGGACAGUCCCUCAAAUGAGCAGAUGGUUGGCAAGCUGAUGUGUAGGAUACAGAUAUGUAAACAUUGUACAAAAAGAUGGGAUGGGGGGACAGUUUCAGGAGUUAACAAGGGACUGUUCCUAAAGUAGUUAUUGUUCCUUCCCUAGCUCUCGCCUUCAUCAUUUCCUUUGACUGUUACUCUUCACUCUGAGAAAUCUACCUUAACUGUGCGCAAUCCAAAGAUAUUUUUCCAGUUCAUUGUAUAGCUUCUGACGUUGACGGUGUACAUUUUUUAUCUAUGCAUUGUAUAUGCAGACAGUUACCGGGUACAUUUUAUGAAAUGAUAAAUGCAUAUUUUGAUUUUGUACUGAAAGCAUAGGGGACUGCGUAUUGUUCAGAGGCCAGUGGGUAGUUAACAGUAGCAGUAAUGUGUGGAUCUAUAAUUGACUGGCAAAGUCCUUUGCUGUGGAAGAGGAAUACCAUAUGGAUUUUUUUUUCUCUCAAAAUAUACAUUUUCAAUGUCCUGUUUUUAAUCACUUCAUAAAAUUACCUAGGUAGAAUUUAAAUAAAGAGCAAAAACAAAGGAUCUUUUCACCUGGGUAUUCUUAUUUUGUUUCCUUUUUUAUUUCAUAGGAUGUAUAUGACAGUUUGUCCUGAUUUUGAUGUAAAUGUUUAUUUAAACUCAUGACUCCCAACUGUAGUUUUUUUUUGCCCGCUGUUCAUUAAUAAAGAAGAAUUGAGGGGAGUG